ACAAGAGCACGGAGGGCACAAAUCUUCUGACCACCUCGCAACUUUUUUUGGGCCACAAAAACUCGCUCUGGCCCGAAAAAAUAUAAUGAAAUAUACUCCCAGGUUUGCUCAGAAGACGUAGGAGUUGACGUUAAAGUGACUUUUUAAAGCUGGAGCCGCUUCCUUGUUCGACAACGGGGUGAAAUAUCUCAACAUCCUCACAAAGAAACUUUUGCUUGCUAGGCAGCUAACUCGCACUCAAGCCAGCAAAAAAAAAAAAAAAAAAAAUAUGAUCACCGCCGAAGACUUGAUCAGAGGCCAUAAAUAACAACUCUUCUGUCGAGAUAAGUGUUGUUGGUAGUUGUAUAAACGUAGAAAUGGUCUGUGUAUGACUCAAGACUGAGUUUUGUAACGGUUUUUGAGUAGUCAUCAUCACCAGGAGGAGGAAGACUUGCAGCUGGUAGCCAGCACACCACCAGUGUUUCCACCAGAGCGCCCCCAGAUCUCCAUCAGGCAGGACAUACAUUGCUCAUUUCAGCUAGUUGAGAGCCAAGCUGUCCCAUUUGUCACUGGAAAGAUGUCAGGCCGAAGUGGAGCUGGACAGACUCGGGGAGCUGCGGUGGGUCCGCAGCCCCUCAAGGCAACCAUUCCCUACCAGCUGGCCAGCAAACCUCGACCCAGCCGGAGAGAUGGAAAGUCAGCUGGAAAGGCCAAACCACAGCAGCUGAGCCCCGGCAUGAGGCGGACGAUGUCUCUCGAUGCCAUCAUUGGGCCGUACCUGCAGGGACACUGGCCCAAAGAACCGGAGGGCCAGGGCAGCCUGUCUCGCAAGGACAAAUCCACUCAGACCCCAGACUCAUGGACAGACAAAACGCAGAGCAGGAGAGGUAGCACCAGCAGCAGCAGCAGUCACAAACGGUCGGCAUCAUGGGGCAGUGCUGAGCAUCUCCGGGAGAUUGCUAAACUAAAACAACAGCUGCAGCAGCGCAGCAAACCUGCAGUCUCUGGGGGACAUGACAAAGACCGUCAGUGUGGGUAUCCUCAGGGGAACUGUAGCCUGGGAACUACUCAGACUCAGCCAAUUCCCAUCCCUCACACUCCCCUGUCUACACUGGUCCCUCGGCUACGCUGCAGUGUGGAGGGCCUCAACCAAGAGCUGGAAGGCAUGUUCAUCUGCCAGCCAACACAUCAGCAGCACAGGCUCCUUGAGGUUCCAGAUGGUCAUCGGGCUCCAGUCCCUCCACAGAGCUGCAGCAGUGGAUCUCAGAGUGACCCUGCUGCCACCACACCUCUCUCCUCAUCUCCCACUUCCUCCUCCUCACCCUGCUCCUCUCCCUUCUACGUCUCCACCUCCCUACCCAAUUGUGAAGACACACUUCUGGACUUGCACCCAGGGUUGAUAGACAGCGCAGAGAUGUGCCUCCUGUCUCCACUCUCCUCCUCCCAGAAUGAGGCUGACCCCUCUCUCCCUCUGCUGAUAUCCUCUUCACCAGGACCCAACAAAAGCUGCUGCUUCCAGAGAGAGCCUCCAGAGGGUUGCGAAAAGAUCCGGGUCUGGGAAGAGACCAGCGUUCCACAUGAGCAGAAACCAGCCCUCAUCUCCUCCUGCCCUGACCCCAACAAGGUUAACUUCACCACCCACGGGGGCUCUGCCUUCUGCCCCGUCAGCCUCCUCAAGCCGCUGCUCCCCUCCAUGGACCUGUUGUUCCGAAGCCUCUCGGUCUCUCCGUCAGGCAGUUGCUCAAACCAGGGAACAAGCUCCUGCCAGGCAACCUCCUCUAGCAACCGGGCAGCUCCUCCAGAUGCUCCUUCUUCCGCUGCUGUCAUGGGAGAAAGCUCCGGAGAGGGCCUCGCUUUCUGAUCAUGGCGGAAGAUUUCUUCUGUGGAAAUUACGAAGCGUAAUGCAAAUUUUCCAGAUUUGUUGAUGUUGGUUUGUUUUUAGGAAAGAUAAUUCCUUUUCUAAACAGGUAGAUGUUAUAAAAAUAAUAUUGAAAAAAAAUAAUAAUAUCAUACGCAAUCCAAAGGAUAUGCUUUAUAAGCUACUUGUUUUAGG